AUUUACACUACCUGCAAUGCUCCUCCCCUCUCCCUGAGCGCACGCAGCUCCAUUCACCACGACCACCACCUCUAUGCGAGCGGUUCUGCCGGGAAGACCCCCAGCGAAGCUCCAGUCGUUCAGCACCGCGCUGUGGGACGGUCUUCGCAUUGUUGCCUACAUCUCCGGCCAUGCACUGGUGAUCCUCGGCGGUCCGCAGAAGCUCCUCCAGACGGUUUACGUUGACGACACCGAGACACUCGAGGCGGUUACUAUUGAUGAGACUUCGGGGAAGAUCGCGGUUUCUGGAGGACCGGAUGUUUUUAUUUAUCAGCCGUAUGGGAUACAACAUGAGGCAUUGAAGUGGUCGCUCGCCCAUACAUUCCGCUGCGAAAAAGACGACGAGACAAUCCGAACGCUGUCAUGGGGCUCUCCCGACGAGCUCCUCCUCGGAAACUCACACCUCACCCUCUGGUUCCUAAACGACACCCCGCGACUCGUCUGGAAACAGAAACUCGCCAGUCCCGUGAAACUCGCGCAGUUCUCCCCCGACGCGACGUUAGUGGUUACAACGGGUGUCUACGAUCGAAUCGUCAAGGUAUGGCGACGACUUGCCUUUGGCGCGGACGAUGCCCGCUUCGACGUCUUUUACCUCGCGCACCCGUCGAUCGUUACGGGGAUACACUGGCGCAAACCAUAUCAUCGGGAACAGUCGAUGGAGAAUGUUCUAUAUACUUUGUGUGCGGAUAAGAAGAUUAGAGUGUGGACUGCGACGGAGGAUGUUGCCUCGUCGGCGCUGCGGCUAUGGACGCAGAUCGAUAUGGAGGCUUCUGUUCAACCGAGAGAUACGAACGAUGCGAGGGCGAUGCGACGAUACGGGUUCGUGUUGGAUAGUCGGGACUUUUGCGUGGCUACGGAACGGGCUGUCCAGAGGGGUACAGGGAACAAGGGGAACCAUGCGUUGGAGCACAUUAUCGAAGUUGCCAACAAGUUUCCGGAGAUCUGCGUUGUGAUUGAUGGUCAGGGUCAUAUGUCUGCUUGGGCAUUGGAGGAUGUGGGUUCCAAGACUCCUCCCGAAUCGAAGGCCUUUAAUAUCUUGCACGUGGAGGGCCUGAACUUCUCGUUCAUGUCAGGCGUUUCUGCGGAAGAAGACUAUACCCAGCUUUGUGCGUUCCAGAGUGAAACAUCUGUUGAUUCUGUCAGUAUCCUUGCGCAUCACUUCGACGGGAGGAUUGAGUGGUUUGACUCCCCAGUCGACGUCCUGUUCGACCCAGCGCCGCGCAUAAACCGUAUCUCCCGUGAAGGAUCCUGGAGUGGACAUGAUGGACCGGUCAAGAAAAUUGUCCGCAGUGCGGUUGGAGAUACUCUUGUUUCACGGACGAAUGACAGCCAUGCCUUGGUUUGGAAGCAAAGACGGCGAGGCUCGGGCUCGACGCUCAUCCGACAGAGCUCGCUCUUUUCGGAGGAGCACAUUCAUCGCAGUUGUAUAAUCAGGAAUGGUGAUUAUCUGGUUAAUCUUCACCACAACGCUAUUUCUCUGUGGGAUGUUCGGUCGUUCUACGCUGAGCAGCUCCAAGUCGAGAGGUUUGACCUCUCGAGCAAGCCGCUUUGCGUCCUUCAUAUUCCUACUGCAGAAAGGGACGCUGGGAUCACCUAUGUAGCGACUAUUGGGACCGAUAUGAACGGCAUUGCGUGGGAAAUCCGUCUCCCGACUGGGGAAAGCCAAACGAAUGGCAACGGUUACACUCAGCAAUGCCAUUUACGGCAGUUCUGCACAUUCAGCCUCGAUCCCAAGGAGGACAUCUUUUAUAUAUUACCCGUGGACCCUGCCGGGCAAGAAGCCAAGAUGCCUGGAUCCUUGGACGUCUUUUCUCCUGAUAUAGCACUUUCAUAUACCAAAACAGGAACCAUCCGGACCUGGACUGCCAAGGUCGACAGGGAAAACAGCCAGAUAGACUGGCUAUUAACAUCAACGGUGGAAACAGGCAUCAAUAACCCCUCAUUUGCCAGCGGAAGUUCCAUCAGAAAAGCCGCGCUUGUGGACGAGGGCCGCACUCGCCUGACAAUAUGGGACACAAGCGCCGCUCAAUUGGAAUAUGAAGAGAACUUCUCCCAACAAGACAUCAUCCGUGAUCUCGACUGGACAUCUACACCGGACAUGCAGUCAAUCUUAGCCGUUGGCUUCCCUCACAAAGUCAUUCUACUAUCUCAACUCCGCUACGAUUACCUCGACGCUCGUCCCUCCUGGACACAAGUCCGAGAGAUCUGGAUUCGAGACCUCACUCCCCACCCAAUUGGUGACUCCUGCUGGCUCAGCAACGGGAACCUCGUCAUCGGUGCCGGGAAUCAGCUUUUCGUCUACGAUAAGGAAGUGGAUGUCGGUGAUCGUCUUGUCUCUGAGCUCCGGAUUCCAUCACAUGGCUCGUCGUAUGUGGAUAUGUUUGAGGUCGUGAGUCGGUUGAAUGGGCCGUUGCCUGUUUUUCAUCCUCAGUUCCUGGCGCAGUGUAUCCUUGGUGGGAAGAUGAAUCUGGUUCAUAAGAUCUUGACGACGCUUCAUCGGAAACUUAAAUUUUAUACGGAGGGGGAUCAUAUUGAUAGCUUUUUGGAGAUGCCGUUGGAGGACUUUUAUGUGGAUCAAGAUGCACCACAAAAAGCAUCCUCAAAAGAACUACACUCCUCCCUCGCAAAUUUCACCCUCGAAGAUGAACCAUCCGUCAUCGACGAAAACGCCGCCGCAACCCUCAACGAGACACUAUCCCGAAUCGCCCUCCCACAACUCUCGAGCCAAGAACAAUUCCGCCUCGUCAAUACAAUCGAAUGCGUAGCAACUGUUGAGAAGCAACGACGCUCAAUGGACGAUAAUGCCGCCCGCUAUCUACUUUUCUUCCGGCAGCAUAUGCUCCGCAAAGCGCAGGGUGUUGCGAAUAGCGAUACGGUUUCGUGGAGAGAGAUUGUAUGGGCUUUCCAUAGCGAGAGUCAUGAUAUUCUGUCUGAUCUUGUGUCGAGACAGUUUAAUAGUAAGAUGACGUGGGCUUCGGCUAGGGAGAGUGGGAUAUUUAUGUGGUUGUCUGAUCCGAAUGCUAUACGAGCCCAACUCGAAAUCGUCGCCCGAAACGAAUACACAAAAACAGAAGAAAAGAACCCCAUCGACUGCUCCCUCUACUACCUCGCCCUCCGAAAAAAGAACAUCCUCCAAGGCCUCUGGCGCAUGGCAAGUUGGAACCGCGAACAAGGCGCUACACAACGACUCCUCGCGAACGACUUCCGAGAAGCACGCUGGAAGACAUCAGCGCUCAAGAACGCAUACGCGUUACUUGGAAGGCGGAGAUUUGAAUACGCCGCGGCAUGGUUCAUUCUCGCAGACCAUCUACGUGACGCAGCACAUGUCUGUAUAAACCAGAUCGGCGACCUUCAGCUUGCGAUUGCUAUCACGCGAGCGUAUGAAAGUGAUGAUGGACCGGUGUUGAAGGAAAUCCUGGAACAAAGGGUCCUACCCGAAUCUGCGUCCGACGGUAAUCGCUGGAUGGCAUCAUGGGCAUUCUGGAUGCUAGGCCGUCGCGACAUGGCCGUUCGUUCUUUGAUCUCCCCCAUCGAAUCCCUCCUGACCCCACCCCCCUCCUCAACCUCCCCAUCCCCAUCUCCCCAAACCACAACAAUCCCCCUCCACGCAAAAUCCUACCUAACCAACGAUCCUGCCCUAAUCCUCCUCUACACAUACCUCCGCGCCAAAACCCUACAAACCCUCCGCGGCGCCUCGCAAAUCCCCCCUCUCACAGAAUGGACCUUCAUCCUUCGCACAGCCCGUCUAUACGACCGUAUGGGCUGCGAUCUGCUUGCGCUUGGUCUUAUCAGGCACUGGGAGUUUUUGAGGGGGUUGCCGGAGCCGAAGAAGGUUAGGGAUUUGGAGGAGGUUUUGGGCGAGGGUGGGGUUGAUUUUAGGGGGAUGUUGAGGAGGAGGAGUAGUUUGAUUGUUGCGGAUUUGCCUGUUCCUGUUUCUGGGACUGUGUCUGGUGAGGGCGAGGGGCAGGGUGAGAAGAAGGUUGGGGAUGAGAAGAAGAAGGCGGAGGAGAAGAAGCCGAAGCCGCCGCCUACGACUUUUACGGAGCCGGAUGCGAAUUCGUUGUUGGAUAGUUUUGGGUUUUGAUUGUGCGUUGUGUGUACUUGUAUAUUUGCAUGUUGGCGCUGUGGGUUUUCUUUGCUUUUGGUUCUUUCAUCAACGUCAACUAUGCGACGGUCCCAAUAUAUAUUACUUUGAAACGAGUUUCUAUUUCCAAUAGAGUAUAAGAAUAGCCUAUAUUAGAUAGAAGUAUAUUGACGACUC